AUGUCGGUAACAGAAAUGAAAAAAACCGAAAAAAAUCCAACAACAUCUGAAUGUUCAACCGCAAUGAAGGAUAAAGAUACUAGCUCAAAAAAAGCCAAAGUCAACUUUAAGAAAGCUGUUAGAGCUUUGAACAAAUUUAAGAUGGCAGUUCGUGUUGUUACUGCUACCAAGCGAUUUAGGAGAGGUCCCUUGAAUACUAUAUUAAGUAUAUCACAAGAAAAAGCCAUGGAGGAAAUGAUCGAACGCCGAAAGAAGGAACAGAGUCACGCCCUGAGACAUUUGCAUUAUACAGAGUGUGGAAAGGUUGCUACAUUGAGCGCAGUAGAUUCCAGAGCAAAAAUCGAACUGGUGCGUAAAAAUUCACGAAAGCUAAAAGAAGCCGAAAAGUCAAAAAACGAAGAUAUCGAGAAAAUUGAAAAUGCAUUCAAUUUCAUGACACCAAAAUCAUUAGAAAAGCAAUUGUAA